GGUGCGAGUUCACGUUUCGGGCACUAAGUAAUCUGCCAGUCCAACUUUCCAUGAUCAACGGGAUCAGCCUCCUAGGGUGAUCGCCGACAUGGACGAGUUAAAUGCGAAAGAAAAUUUAUUUCAAUUAUGGAUGAUAUACACUGCAAAGAAUGAUAUCAAGAAUCUUCGAGAGUUCAUCAGCUUCUUCUUGGAGACGUACAAGGACCUGGUGGAUGUGGAGUUUGACCACCUCAAUGAAGGAUUUUCAGAAGAAGGUCCACACCUGACCCGACUUCCAGAUGGAAUCCUGGAAAUCCUGGGCAACUACCUGUCGAAAUGUAGUGAGCAGUUCCUGGGAGGCUUCAACACAGAAGCCCUUGUCUUUGCAGAGAGCAUCCUGAAAUGCUUGAUUGUCAUGUGCAGAAACUAUGACAAUGUGCCGCUUGUAGCUUCUUGUGAGUUUGUGAGCCACACAGUUGUCAUAUCAACUACUGUUGUCGAUCAGAUUUGUCGGGACAGUGAUAAUCCUGCCAACCCAACUGACUGUCUCUUCUCCUUUGUGAAGCAUACCCUUCAUCUGUUUGAGUGCCUCUAUGACCCAUACUUCAUCUGGAGGAAGAAAUUAAGAUGCUGGAAGAUUGACAACACCAGAUUAAAGUUCCGCCCUGCCUUACUGCAUAAUGAAGUUGUCCCUUUCUUUCAUGAUUGUUUCCAGAAGGAUAAAUUGUCUACCGAUAUCCAACUACGUCUUUUACACAUAUUUGGUGCCAUAAUGUCUGGGGCUCCGCAUAAUGCACUCAAGGCCAUCACCCCGGCAACCCUAGAUGUUCUCCUGAAGAUUCUGUCCACUAAUCAGAGAGAAGGUCCAACCAAUGAACAGCGCCAGGAGAGGCUGUGUCUGAAGGACCUGGUGUUGAAGAACAUUGUGAGGAUGGUCCACACCAUCCACUGCUGCAGCCCUGACCAGCGCCAAGUGGAAGUGAUAGAGGUGAUGCAGGGCUACAUGCAGGUGCUGCUUGCUCUACAGAAGGAUGCCAUUGAUGCCCCAGAGACAGAACACAACAUGCAGCUCACCAUGAUCAACACCAUCAAUGAGAUGAUGGUGUGCAAUGACAGGGCAGCUCUACAGGUGCUCAUGGUGUCAGGAGGGACGUUUAAUGCUUUCAUCUCUCUCCUACAACAAACCUCACUGACAGGUGCCCAGGCCCAACAGCUGGCCAUGUCGGUCAUCAGGGUGAUGCAGGUCAUCCUCUCAGGAUCCUCCAAUGCCAAGCUCAUGUUUAAAACCAAAGUUGGUUACAUCAAGUUUGUGGAAGUGUUGAAGAGCCUUGGACAGCCAUCAGUGGAGCUGCUGAAAUCUGUGCUGAACCUGGUUGUUGAAGGAGAGUUCAGUGAGAAAGAAAAGCACAUUGUACACAACACCCAAGUGUUUGACAUGGCGGCACCAUCUGACAUGAUACAUGACACUUUUGACAUGAAUGUAAUACUUAGUUCUGAUGAUUUUCAGGGAAUCUCCCUCCCAGGAAUACGAAAAUGGCCUGGUUCAGGAUAUGCUGUCCAUGCUUGGCUGUGUCUGGACGUGGAGUUUGACGUCACUCAUCACAACCUCCCUGACAAGCACAUCUAUCGCAGACAACUCUACAAUUUCCCAAGCACAGGAGGUAACGGGUUUGAGGCGUUCUUCACUCCGGACGGUCUUCUGGUGGUGGCAGUAUACAACAAGAAGGAGUACAGUAGCGUUCUUGUCCCAGAAUGCCCUCUCAGAGAUGGACAGUGGCACUGUGUGGACAUCGUGCACACCAGCUCAAGGCGGCCUUUCACCCAAAGUCAGCUUACAGUGUAUAUAGAUGGCAAACAGAGGCUCAGCACACAACUCAAGUUCCCCAGCCUCUCAGAGGAUGAGAGUGCUUGGAUCCAUGGACAGAUCGGAUCUAUCUGUGUGUUCCAUGAUGCACUACUGCAACCAGGACAAGUCCGAUCCCCUGGACUACGCAGUACCAUGGACAUCCUCAUGGACAUGUCUCAUACGGAUGGACACUCCGGAGAUCACAAGAAACAGUCAACACUCAAGUCUCUCUUCCAAAGUGCCACACGAUCCAGUACACAUCAGCCUGGCAUUGACAGCAUUCCUGGCGGCAAGCAGGAUGAAGUUCUUGGACCUCCCAUCUCCAUCCAUGGACAGAUCGGAUCUAUCUGUGUGUUCCAUGAUGCACUACAACCAGGACAAGUCCGUACUUUGUAUUCUCAAGGACCAAACCAUAUGAAUAUCUUCAGUGAAGAACCGGAAGUUUCAGACCUCCUCACAAAGCUUGUGGUUCACUAUAAUGGGAAGGCAUGCAAAGAACAUGUGUGUGUGGAUCUGUCACCAUAUCAGAAUCAUGGCCAUUUUACAGGGCAGAGAUGUGUCACAUGGGACAUCAAGGAUGUGAUCAACUGUAUAGGGGGCAUCCAGGUCCUGUUGCCCCUGCUGGAGCAGGUAGACAAGUCGUCUCCGUCACGCCAGGACAGCACAGACACCCUGUCUCCAGACAGCUCAGUCUCCGAGGAAACAGAUGACUGGGUCAUUGUGCCCAGUAGCUCCUAUGCUGACACAAAGCUGGAGCAGAACCAGGUUGCUGCCUUCCUGAACCUACUGCGGAACAUGCUCCAGACGAAGAUGAUGAACCAGGACACCUUCAUCAGAACCCAUGGAGCAGCCACUGUGGGAGCUCUGCUGCAGAAGGUGGACCAGAAACUGGUGGAUGUGAAUGUCCUGAUGGCUGUCCAGCUGCUGGUGGAGUCCUGUGCCUCAUUCAACAAGACACUGCUGCAGCACCUCUACCAGCUUGUACUGUUCGACUUCCGUGUGUGGAGCAAGAGUGAUUUCCCUGUCAGGAUAGGUCACAUUCAGUACCUGUCCACCAUCAUCAAGGAUGACCGCAAGUACUUCAGGAAGAAGUAUGGAGUGCAGUAUAUCCUGGACACCAUCAGAACAUACUACAGCUCCAGUCUGACCAGUGGUCUGUCGGAGGAAGACAGCAAGACCAUCAGAGUGUCCCUCUUUAACCUCAUCAAGUUCUACAUCAUCAAGGACAUCACCGUGGAGGAGUUAGCACAGAUGAUCAGCUUCCUUACUGUGGUCAUUUUCAGAGAGAUCGCCCUUGGGAAGAGGCGGGCGGCCGACACCCUGUUUUACCGCGAGAUGCGGAGGCGGAGGGGACCUGACGCAGGUUUGGAAAAAUUUCACGAUCAGCUCUACCUGCUGCUGUUUGAGCCUGAGAUGGCUGAGAUGCUAUACGUCCUGCUAACUUACAAAAACUACUCUGUCAUAUACUACGAGAAAAUUGUCAAGGUUUUGCACAUCCUUCUAAAGUCAGACAGAGUAUAUGAGAAAUCCAAACAGCGGCUUCGUCUGUCUGACUGUGGCCACCUUGGACUGAUAUCUCUCAUGCAGGGCUAUGAUCUCUCUGUCCCCAUGAUCAGGAGAUUCGUGGAGCAGGUGUCAUUUGUCGAGACGAGCCAGACUUACAAUGCUAUCCUGUCCAUCCUGACCCUUAUCCACAACAGUGGGCUGGACAUCAGGCUGGAGGCCAGUAGACAGCUUCUAUCAAUUCUUGUGUCAAAGCCUGGGGCAGCUAAGGGAUUUGCAAAACAACUGUGUUGGCAGGACACCAUUGCUAAACUAUUGAUUCAGGAGCCAUUGACAGGAAACAGUGGGAGCGCCUCACAGAUGGUCAACCCUGUUCUCCAGGUGUCUGAGACCAGAGAGGAGGCUCUAGGCGGUGCUGCAAACAGCAACUUCAUGAAUGGCGACUUAACCCAAAGACGUCGUUCUAGUCAGAUUAAGGAGGGUGCCCUUCGACCAGAUGCUUUGGACAUUUCUAACAACAGUGGAUAUUCUGAGCAAGGAAGUUCCCGAACCCCAAUGACUCCUUUGUUUAUCCAAUCACAGCGUUUUGACGAUUUGAAUAUGUCCGAGGAGGAAAGGUCAAGGUCAAUGAGUCGGAGUUCAAGUACAAGUGUAGAAGAUUUAAGUGCUAUUGGACAACGUGCAGCAGAUUGCAAAGAUUCUUUGUCUCAGAGUCAAAGCAGCAUGUCUCUUAGUGAGAGUAUAUCAGACCUCGCAAUGGAGCUUGGAAAUGAUUCUCGGAGAGCAUCUGUUGCUCAGGCAGAGAAUUUUCAGCGUGCCCUGGAUAAUCUUGGUAUACAGAAGAUCUUUGUGCGGGAUACAGUGGAGCAGACCGAGGAACUGUGCCAGAACGUACUCAUAAUCCUGCUCACCGUCAUGUGGAAGGGGAUCGAUGGAUCAGACAAAAAUGUCUGGAGGGAUCGGGGUGAGGUGUUUGCCUGUAUAGACCACAUCUGUGAUACUCACAUUCUAGUCCGUCCAAAACAUGAGCUGAAGAGGCGUCUACUGGAGAUGAUGCUACACUCAUGUACCUCUGACAUCAAGGAUACGGGUCAACCGAUAGCCGUCCACACAGAAAAUGCCAUUGAGUUGGUGAGGAUUGUGCGCAAUUUUGUGACUGACGACAGCUGUGAUAAUGAAGUUAAAUACAGUGAGAGGCUCCUGGAGGAUGUGAUGUCACUCCUGGACACCCUGGGUGUAUGGGAGGUGGAGACCGGCCUGGGCUGGAAGGAGAUGGUUCAUCUGGGUCUCAGCAUACUUCUGGCUUUUGCCAAGCACCCUAACCUGGAUAUGUGUGCAGUGGCCACAGCUAGACUUCAUGCUUUGGUGCAGACCAAGCUCAUCAGCAGCUCAGCUGAGGCCUCUUAUAUCAUUGGCACUUUGAACUCUAUCAUCAUCGGAGCUGUGGAUGAGAACACAGACAACUACUCGUUCCUAGUGCCGGUACUGAAGGCCCUUGUGGACAAGGCCCACACACUCCUGAAUAUUGAAGUGAACCUCCCCAACCUGCCUCAGACCACCAUGAGUCCCACCUUCUUUGACGACUUCCGUUCCUACUGCCACACCGAGGAGUGGAAGACGUUUGUCACAAACUAUAUCUAUCCACAAAGACAUCAUUUUGUUGAGUCCAGCUUCAGCGAGUCUCACACCGCUACAAAUGGCUUCUGGCGAGAAUGCCAUGAAAACAUGAUGCUCAACAUGCACAAGAGGAACAGAGACAUUGGUGACAGCAAGCUCAAAUUCCAGGCACAAGUGUUAGACCCUUUCAAAACUAAGUCAUCCCAGGAAUACCGCCGAUAUCAAAAUGUCUCAACACAGCUGAGAAAUCAGCAUCUCUCUACCUUGCGGAAAUGGCGGGCCAACAAGAGAUUCUUCACCGGGGAGCGAGGAAGCUGGCAUCUGAGGAAUGAACAUGAUGUCCACUGGAAACUGUCAAACCAAGAGAACUUCAUGCGGAUGAAGGUGAAGGUCAUUCAGAACUACAACUUUGAACCUCACACCGAGGCCAGCAGACAACGGGACAACUUGGGUGUCUCUGACCUUGAGAAUCCAGAGGUGAAGACCAUCAAAGUUGCUAAAGAGGCCUUGGUGUCAAAGGAGAAUAUCGCAGAUGAUACUCUUGGAGAUGAAGACUGGAAUGUCAUCAGUGCUUCAAGCACUGCCAGUGAAGAGUAUGUUGGUAAAGAGAAACUGGUCCUGUCUGAAGAAUGUGACCUUGUCACCUUGGUUGAGGUCAUUAAAGGUCGUCUGGAGGUCACAACAACUCAUGUCUAUUUCUUUGACUGUAGCUUUGUGAAGGAAGAAGGAGGGGAAGACUUCAAGUGGGCUCUGUCUGAGUUGAGGGAGAUCCACUUCCGCAGAUACAACCUUCGGCGCUCGGCUCUAGAGAUGUUCCUCAUUGACCAGACUAACUACUUCAUCAAUCUACCAAACAAACAAGUAAGAAACAAGAUCUAUAGUCGUAUCCUGAGCCUCCGUCCAUCCAACCUGAGCUACUACGGCACUCGUUCCCCAGCGGAACUCCUCAAGGCUUCAGGCCUGACACAGAAAUGGGUUCAGAGAGAGAUAUCCAACUUUGAGUAUCUGAUGCAGCUGAAUACAAUCGCAGGUCGGACCUACAACGACCUCAGCCAGUAUCCUGUGUUCCCUUGGAUCCUACGUGACUACACAUCUCCCACCCUUGACCUCGAGAACCCGAAAGUGUACCGUGACCUGAGCAAACCAAUGGGGGUCAUUAACCCCAAGAACGAGCAUGAAGUCAGAGAAAAGUAUGAAACCUUUGAGGACCCAACAGGUAACAUAGAGAAGUUCCACUACGGCACCCACUACUCCAAUGCCGCGAGCGUGAUGCACUACAUGGUGAGGAUGGAGCCGUUCACCUCGCUGCACAUACAGCUGCAGAGUGGCAAAUUUGACGUGGCAGAUCGACAGUUUCACUCUAUCCCAGGCAGUUGGCAGUCACUGUAUGAAAACCCCAACGAUGUCAAAGAACUCAUUCCAGAGUUCUUCUACCUACCGGAGUUCCUUAUAAACUCAGAUGGGUUUGACUUGGGUCGCCUGCAGCUGACAAAGGAGGGAGUGGGGGAUGUGCUCCUGCCACCCUGGGCUUCCACACCAGAGGAGUUCAUCAACCUACACAGGGAGGCUCUGGAGUCUGAGUUUGUGUCCAGGAACCUCCAUCACUGGAUUGACCUGAUAUUCGGUUACAAGCAGAAAGGCCCAGCUGCUGUGGAUGCCCUCAAUGUCUUCUACUACUGCACCUAUGAAGGAGCUGUGGACCUGGACGCCAUUGAGAAUGAGAAGGAGAGGAAAGCCCUGGAAGGCAUGAUCAACAACUUCGGCCAGACACCGACACAGUUGCUCAAGGAACCCCAUCCAAGAAGACUAGCUCUUGAUGAUGCUGUUACCAGGGCAGCAAAACGGAGACCACUCAGCAUUUUCAAUUUUCUGUCACAACUGAAACCUUUCUUUGUGGAGGUAUCCAACGACCAGGACCCGAUGGUGUAUGUGAACAUACCUCGCAGUCAGUUCCGAUCCAUCAUUCAGCAUGGGAUGCCAGACAACAUGAUUACAGUGACGGAAAAUGGCAUAAUUGGCAUCCAUGGCUGGCUGCCAUUUGACAAGUCCAUCUCCAACUAUUACACAUUUGAGAAAGAUCCGUCCAUGUUCAAUGCCAAAACCAAGAAGAGAGUUGGAGGUCCAUUUGCUCCUGGUAUACGAGUUGUCCCAAAGUUGUUUGCUGUGUCACAUGAUGCUAAGCUGUUGUUCAGUGUGGGAUACUGGGACAACAGCCUACAGGUCUACCAUCUCGGGAAAGCUAAGCGGAUCAACCAUAUUGUCAGACACAUCGAUAUUGUGACAUGUUUGGCCCUUGACUACUGUGGAAAUCAUCUAAUCACUGGUUCUAGGGACACAACCUGCAUGAUCUGGGAGAUUCUGCAGCAGGGAGGGGUCAGCAGUAACGUGUUCAACAAGCCUAUCCAGACACUGUAUGGCCAUGAUGCCGAGGUGACCUCAGUCCAUAUCUCCGUGGAACUAGAUUUGGCUCUCUCAGCCUCCAAGGAUGGGUCUGUGAUCAUACACACAGUAAGGAAAGGCCAUUACAUGCGGACACUACGCCCUCCAUCUGACCCUGGCUCACACCUGUCCAUUCCCCUGAUGCUGGUGUCCGAGAUCGGCCAGAUCCUGUUGUACUGCCAAGAGUACACCUCCACAUGUGAGGAACGCUACUCCUUGCACCUGUAUUCGGUGAACGGCAAGCACCUGUUCACAGAGGACAUGCGUUACCCACUGGGGCACAUGGCUGUGGCUGGACAGUUCCUGGUGGCUGGGGACAGCCAGGGACAUCUUAUGAUCAAACAGCUGUUCGGCUUGAAGAACCUGACUACCCUUCAGCUGCUUGUCCCCAUCCAAUGUCUGACUGUAACCAACGGCAACAGUCACAUCCUUGCUGGACUUCGUGAUGGUAAACUCAUCAUCGUCGGCACCAAAGGCAAGCCAGAAAUACGAUAACAAUGGCCUGAACUUCACUGGCCAACUUUUAACAACAAACCAACUUGAAUUGGUUUUUAGAGUGUUAUCUUUGUAACACCAGACACAAGAAGUGGAUGACAAUGCUGUAGUCAAGAACAGAACAGUUCCAGAUAUAGUAUAUGUUGCCAAAAUGGCAUCAGCAGAAAUGAAUAUGAGUCAGUAAUCUACAUCUGUGGUAGAAUCCAGAGACAAACCAGUUUUGUAAUGUGAAAUGUUAACAAUAUGUUUGACAGGAACCAAGAUUUUAUGAUGUCAAGUAUUAGAAGUAUCUCUAACAGGAACCAGGUUUGGUGAUGUCUGGUGUUAGAAGUAGCUCUAAUAGGAACCAGGUUUUAUGAUGUCUGGUGUUAGAAGUAGCCCUAACAGCUACCAGGUUUUGUGAUGUCAGUUGUUAGCAAUAUAGCAAUAUGUUUGACAGCUACCAGAAUUUACAAUGUCAGAAGUAGCUUUGACAGCAACCAGGUCCUACUGGUAUUUGAUGUUAACAAAGUGUUUUACAGCAAGUAGGUUUUGUGAGGUCCAGUGUUUACCAAACAUUUGACAAAAACUAGGUUUGGAGAUCUGACACAUAUAGAAACAAGGCAAUAAGACUAGAGAACAGUUGGUACCAGCAUACUUUGUGGUUAGAAAAGUGACAGUGUUUCCUGAAUAGCUACUGAUUUUGUAAAAAUGUUGUAGCUACUUAUUUUGUAAAAAUGUUGUAAACAUUAGUUCCAACAGCAAUAUGUGAUAAGAAAAUGUCACUGUUGACUGCUGUUUACAGAACCAUUUUGUGAUAUACGUCGUCAAUAGUUCCUACAAUGUAAUGCUGUCAACAUCUGAAACAUGUUUGUGUUAACUGUUACAACAUUUAACUCCACAAGCAGUCAAGGUUUGUGUUAAUUCUUUUCUUCAAGCACAAUUAUUUAUGUUUCAUCAUCAGUGCUGUAGUAUACAGAGGAGUAGUUGACUGAUUUUGUGUUUAACGCAGCAUUUGAAUGUGUUUCCAUCUAAGUGUCCUUUUUACACUUUUCAACAUGUCAGAGGACAUGAUCAGAUCUACAGCAACUCUCUUUUAUGUGAUUGUUUUUUCUAGAAUGUUUGUAGAUACUUCUUUACAAUGAUUCUGUAAUGGUUUGACAGACGAAUUGAAUGAAUAUGAAUUUCUCUGGCAAUAUAAUAUUGUCCUAGAUGCAUUUCUGUUGAUGCACUGUAGACUGACACAACAUAUUUCCAAGGCGAUGAGAAACAUAGUUGAAGAAGAUACAUAUGUUUUCAGUGAUACUUCUUGUCUGAUAUUAAGCAUGAGACCAUUUACUUUUGUACAUGAGAAUCUUUAUGCAUAUAGUCUUUACAAGUAUGGAAUUAUGAGUCUGCAAGUUUACGUUUACUGACCCUGAAGCAUGAUAGCAAUAAUCAUAAUGGAAUGAAGGAAAUUCUCAUGACAUAAUCGUAGCAAAACUUUCAAAAGAUUUCAUUUUGUUUUAAUAUCAAUAUAAGUGUAAAUCACUGUACAUCAAUAUUGACAUAAGUGAUAGUCUGUCAUGUGAUUUCAUGUGUAUGUGUGUGUUCUGCGUGCCUAUGUCCAUGUUUAUAUCCCUAGGUCCAUGAACGGUUCAUCUGUGUCCAUACUUCACUGACAUGUCCAUGUGUGUCCAUGCUAUAUGUCCAUGAAUGGUUCAUCUGUGUCCAUACUUCACUGACAUGUCCAUGUGUGUCCAUGCUGAUGUCCAUGAACGGUUCAUCUGUGUCCAUACUUCACUGACAUGUCCAUGUGUGUCCAUGCUAUAUGUCCAUGAAUGGUUCAUCUGUGUCCAUACUUCACUGACAUGUCCAUGUGUGUCCAUGCUAUAUGUCCAUGAAUGGUUCAUCUGUGUCCAUACUUCACUGACAUGUCCAUGUGUGUCCAUGCUGAUGUCCAUGAACGGUUCAUCUGUGUCCAUACUUCACUGACAUGUCCAUGUGUGUCCAUGCUGAUGUCCAUGAACGGUUCAUCUGUGUCCAUACUUCACUGACAUGUCCAUGUGUGUCCAUGCCAAUGUCUAUGAAUGGUUCCCAUGACCUGAGGUUUUUGCAGUAGAGAUGAAGCUAAGUCAGACUGGUUAUAUGUGCAUGAUGCUGUUGACAUUGAUGCAGGAACGUACUAUAGGGUAUGUCCCUGUGGUGAUGUGACAUCCAAAAGGAUGUUUCCUGUACCCUCCAUUGUCACCUUCCAUUGUCCUUCAUAGUGCAAGAUCAGAGUUGCAUUUGCAAGGAUAUUUUUUUGUCCAAUUUUUUUUCCACAUGUUCUGGAUAAAGGUGACAACUGUCACUCUUUAGCUUAUGUGACUGGAAGUCAUGGCCUGGUUUUCCAUGAUAUAGCUUGUGAUGUUGUCAGUGUCUGUCCUUACAAACCACAUGACAAAUGAAGCUUCACCUGCUUGUUCCCAAGUUCCCUUUGCUUAUUCCCAAAUCCAAAUUUCAAUAUGGCCUCUACUUUGACUAUAUUAAGAAAAGUUUUAUGGCCAUACCGCAGACAUUUCUGACUCAUUUUCAUUUCAAACAUAAUUCAGUUUGCACUUUAAUCAUACUGAAACCUGAAAUUUGUUGUGGUCAUUAUUCACCUGCCUUGGUAAACAACAAGUGCUAAUAAAGGUAAUGAAGUCAUGGAUGUUAAUAAAGAUAUAGAAUGAUCUAUCUUAUCUUAUCUUAUGUUACACAUUCAUUUUUUGUCAGGACAUAAUGAAAAUUAGUACUGUAAGUGUUUAGGAUGUAGUCCACACAAAAACUUAUUCCAGGUUUUGCCACUUUUUAAAUUUGGAUCUUAAUCUGGCCUUUGUGUUUGACCAAUGCUCUUAGUUUUUACAAAAUGUGCAUAAGGUUGAAAAAAGUAUUAAUCUUCAGAAGCCGCUGCACAAAUGAAACGUUGGACUUCCUGCUCCUUUGAAUUAUAAAACGCAAUUACUUCAAACUUUGUGUGCAGUAGAGUUAAGUUAUACAAUAAUACAUUUGUCGUGCUGACUUGUUUCAUAUUUGUAAAUA